CGGGACGGGCCGUCGGAAGGGCUGCGCGCGCAUCUCCGGCUGGCGAACAUGAAUCUCGGCGAGCGGCGCGCGGGCGGGCGGGCGCGGGUCGCGAGGGGCGAGCCCGUGAGCGCUCGCAACGAGGCGCUCGUGUGGGCUGCAGCGCUCGAGCUCGCCACCUCGAGUCUGCGCACCCUCCGGGCCAGUCGGGCGGCGGCCGGCGCGGCGGCGCGCGCGGGCGCCUCGGACGGGGCGGUGCGCCUCGCUGCGCGCUGGCGAGCCAACCAGAUCUCCGUGGCGCUCGCUGCGAGCCAUCGCUGCGACGAGGCGCUCGCAGCCCUCACACCGGGCGGGGUCGCAGACGCGGGGCGCGCGGGUCUCCGGCCGCGUGGCGUCACGCGGUGCACACUCGCUGAGGCGUGUCUGGUGUGACGCUGUGAGUGUGACCGCGACCGGCGCGACUACGCGCACAUGAUCAUGCUUGGCGGGGUGAGACACGUACACGUGUGAAGACGACCUGCUCCUCUCCGACG